AUGGACCCCCAGGUGAUGGUGCCUGGUCAGGCUGAACAUGGACUUCUUCUGCUGGGGCAGCUGGAGAGGAUGUGGGGGGCCAGGGAACUAACUGACGUGGUUCUCCUGGCCGAGGGCAUUCCCUUCCCAUGCCACCGGGUGGUGCUAUCCGCCUUCAGCCCUUACUUCCAGGCCAUGUUUACCUGUGGUCUGAGGGAGACCCGUGGAGGUGAGGUGCCUCUCAGGGACACUCCUGCCCAGAGCUUGGAGCUGCUCCUGGGGUACAUGUACCGCGCCCAGCUACCUCUCUCCCACGACAACACUCAGGGAGUGGCCGCUGCUGCCUUCCUGCUGCACAUAGACGGGGCAUUCAGGUUGUGUCAGAGCUACAUGUUGGACAGCAUGGAUACUUCCAACUGUGUAGGACUGUACCACUGGGCCAGAGACCUGGGGGCCGCUGACCUGGCAGACCUCGCCCUGAGAUACUUGUGUCGUCACUUUGCCCAGGUGUGUCAGGAAGAGGAGGUGUUGGAGUUGGACGCCCAGAGUCUGGGGGGUCUGCUGGGUUCAGACGACCUGAAUGUGACCCAGGAGGAGAGCGUCCUGGAACUGGUGCUGCGCUGGGUGGAGAAGCGCAGGGGAGAUGAGCAGAGUGAGGCCCAGGCCGUGGAGCUCCUCAGGCGGGUACGACUGGAGCUGAUAGACCCCAACUUCCUCAGGAGGGCCAGGAGGAGAAACCCGGUAUUGCUCCGGGAUGCGGAAUGCUUCGGGAUGAUCGACGCGGCUCUCCAGACUUCUUAUCUCUCUGUGGCGGCUGCCCCCCCUCGCCCCACCCUGCGUUACGGGAUGGAGACCACAAACCUGCUCCUCUGCCUGGGGGGGACUGAUGAAGGUGGCGUCCCAGCCCGCCGGGGGGGUCAGGCUGACCUCAGCUUAUGCUUCGCCCCCCAGGCCAGAAGGACGUACUACAUCCCCUCUCCAGUGAAGGGGACAGGGACGAUCACGGCAGGGGCGGUGACAAGGGACAACAGCAUAGUGGUGGCUGUAGAAGAGGAGGACGAACACAGCACCAAGAGGCUGGGGAUGUACAGGUAUGAUCGGUCUUGUGAGGGCAGCUGGGAGGAGCUAUGCUGGGUGGGGUACAGGGACAUGUAUGCCCUGGCGGCACUAGGCGAUGCCCUCUACCUGCUGGGGGGACAGAUGAAGGUCAGGAACCAUUACAUCAUCACCAACAGUGUUGAGAGGUGGUCGCUGAGAAGGGGCGGGUCCUGGCUGAGCUCCGCUCCUCUGCCUCUCCCAUUGGCCUGUCACUGUGUGGUCAGCCUCAAGGACCACCUUUACGUUCUGGGGGGCUGGACGCCACAGUCGGACCGUCCAGACGAUGAGCCAGACAGGCUGAGUAGCCGUGUGUUCCAGUUUGACCCAGGCAAGGACCGGUGGACAGAGUGUGAGAACAUGAGAUACUCACGCUACCGCUGUGGGGUUGCUACACUCAAUGGAGAGAUCUACAUGCUAGGGGGUAUAGGGUGUGAGGGGGAGGACCGUGGCCAAUCUCGUCGCUGCCUGAGCUCAGUGGAGAUCUACAACCCAGAAGAAGAUACCUGGAGGUCAGGGCCAACCCUCCCCACCGCUCUCCUCUCUUUACGAACCAAUGCCUCCAACAUUGGGGAGGUGGAGGGCAAGCUGUACCUCUGUGGCUACUACAAGGGGGCAGGUCGCCAUGAGAUCAUCACCAAGGAGAUCUUAGAGCUGGAUCCCAAGGACAACGUGUGGACGGUGGUGGAGCGUCGAGCAGCCAUGCAUGACAGCUACAACGUCUGUCUGGUGGCCAACCUCAACCCCCGUGAUCUCUCAAACCCGAGCUCUGACCCUUGA